AUGAAGUUCAUGGCUUGUCUGGCCGUCUCCAGUUCUUCCAUUGCUUCUGAAAUAGCAUUCAAGAUCCCAGUAGUUUCUUCGUUUGUAUACUCCCGGAACGAUUUCUCCAGCGCUGUUUCUUCAUUGGGGAGCGCGGAAUCGUCUCCUGAGGGUUCCUUUCUUUUGCGGCCCAUUGCGUCUGAAACUCCUUUUCACUUUGAAGGAUGA